GUUUGUUUUAAAUGUGGUUUCAGGUCACAAUUGGAAAUUGAUUUUUUUUCCCGCUAUACAUUUACAAACACUAACAAUAUAAAUAGUAAAGAAAAACCAUCUUUUGAUUGAAUUCGCAAAAAAAUCAGUUCAUUAAAACAACACUGAUUUGAUCAGGGUUAUUGGAAGAAAUAGAAUUUACAACUACAAGAUUAAUCUGUUGCAUAUUAUUAUAUUUAUAUAAAACAAAUUGAUAAUGAAUUUAUAUUUUAGUUCAGUAGCUAGUCAACCACCAGGACAUUCAUUAUCUAAAAUUAAUACAAAUAUAAAACAUACUAAUCAGUCGAAUAAUGCAACGCAUUCAUAUUUACUUACUGGAAACAAUUCAACCAGUGGAGGUGGAGGAUCUGGUACUAGAAAUAGUUUUAGUGUAAGUGGAAAUAAUCACGUGAAAAAAUUAGAAGAGACAGCACCGGUCAAUAUUGUGUUAAGACGUGCAUCCAGUGAUUCACCAUGGGGUUUUCGUGUUCAAGGUGGAAGUGAUUAUCACUUACAACUUACAGUAUGUAAAAUAAAAGUUUGUGUUUUAAUUGUUUUAUUAUGCGAUGGUCGAGUUCGUUUUUCGCUUUAA